CACACUGCAGCUACUCUGUUUAUUAUCUAUCCUGAUUGCCUAGCACAUUGACUCAGUACCGGUACUCCUUGUACUGUAUAUAUCCUUUAUAUUUUAUUGUGUUUCUAUUUCCUUUUUAUUUUGUAUAAUUGUCAUUUUCAAUCUGCAUUGUUGGAAAAGGGCUCUUAAGUAAGCAUUUCAUGGUAAAGUCUACACCUGUUGUAUUUGGAGCAUGUGACAGACAUUUGUUUUGAUUUCAUGCCUCAAUUUAUGACGCUCUGAAAUAAGCACUUUAUUUGGUCUUUUGAUUUUGCUCAAUAUUAUUCUCAGAGAAAUCAAAGAUGACUGAUGUCAGAUUGACAAGGGACCCGACUGAGAGGAGAGUGUCCAUAUGUACCAAUGGGCUAUUUGUUUGUCAGCAAAUGAGAGACAUGGGAUGGCACUAAACGUAUCUCUGGCGAAGAGCGUUGAUGAGGUGAGAGAAGCGCUCUGAGACGAAGCACGCACGCGAGGGGCAGGUUAAGUAACGUCACCGUUAGCAUGUUUUGGAUCGAGAAUAAACUGCAACUGAUACUGCAAAUGUCAAUCGCCUCCUGGUAACCAGAUAUGACGUCAUAAGUCAUUUAUCUUGAUCGAUUCAUCUUACUUCGCUUUGAUUUUUUUCUCAAUUUAUGAGCGACUUUGUUGGAUCCCACAGAUGGGGAGAGGCACCCUCCGCUGAGUUUGAUAUGGGAACGGGAUUUACGUCAGCGAAGAUUCUAAUAUUUUGUGCAUGUAUUACAUUAGUGUCCCUGGCUGUGGCAAGAGUCUCAGCAGCAGAUGUGAAGUGUGAGAAUAUUUACAGGGACUUCUCUGACUGUGUUCUGGAGCUGGGGGAGAGCAUGGAUAACUACCAGGAGAAUGGGACCAGCGAGAUGGGAGUGGAAGCUGUGUGUAGCCACUGGGAGGCGUUCCACACGUGUGCCCUGACGGCACUGUCCGGGUGUCAGGAGGAGGUGGGCUCCAUCUGGGAGACGCUAAGAGAAGACUCCAGGAAGAUCCGCUUCCAGGGCAGCCUCUUCGACCUGUGCAGCCCUAGCUCGGCCCCAAGCCUGCGCUCGCCUCUACCCCUGCUGUUCCUGGGCUUGCUGAUCCUGGGAGGGCCCAUCUGGCCCCCCACAUAGGUGAGGGAUGCCUCUCUCCUCCUCCUCGCUUCCACCACCAUGCGCUCUCACAUUCCCCGAGGUGGGGUGGGUAGCGAGACGAUCAGUGAGUAGAGAGGGGAUAUGGAUUGAAGAUUAGGUUAGCACACAGAGCCAUGUCUCUAUGGAGACACCAUUGAUAUCUAUAGUACUGGGUAAUCAGAAGGCUAUGAUGUCACAGAGCCAUUUAUGUCUAUGGAGAGAUUAAUGGAUACUUAUGGCUCUGGGUUACCAUAGAUGUCACCAUAGAUGUCUUUGGCACUAAGUAAUUAUAGGGUUAUGUUAUCAGAGCCUUAGAUGUUAAUGUCAUCAAUAUCUAGGAGUCUGGAUAAACAUACAUACACAAGACCCAAGCAAUUGUAAUGAAAUGACCUACUACAGUAUACGCCUAUGAAAAAAAGCAAUUUUAAAGCAAUUGGUCGGUUUUGUUGACAAUCAGGUGAAUUCUUUAUAAACAAUGACCUUUUGACCCCUACACACCAACCCCAAAUGGUUGGAGUUGCAUGGCUGCUAUAAUGACACCAAAAAGGUAUUUUCUAUAUUUUUGCUCUGUUAAACCGUUUCUUUGGUCAUCCUGUUAGACAGUAGGUGCUGUUAAAGUCAGGUAAUGCUCUUAACUAAACAUAUUGUAAAAAAUUAUUGUUAGUAAUUGUGGAUGAAGGACAACAGUCUAGUUAGUUUCGCUCUUGCCAACUAGUUAUUGUACCUGAAAAUUAUCCCUGGUUAUGUGAGAAUGUUCAGCGUUGUUUUAUGAACCUGUGUCUUCUAUGGAAGUCCAAGUUUUGGGCUGUUAAUUCAUUUUAUAUCAUUGACUCCACAACUAUAUACAAUUGUACACAGUUCACUUCCAAGCACAUUCACCCUUACAGAAAACGCACAGCAUACUGAGUAGAAAUAAAGAUGAGGUAAUGCCACAAAUAUUCACUUUAUUAUAGAAGCUAAAAUAUAUAGGACUUAAAUCAUAGGAUUAUCCUAUGGCACCACCCUGCAUUGUUAGGGCUAAUGUCUCAAUGCAUUACAAUAUUUGAUUUUGUCAACAGUUGUAAUAUUACAUCAAACUGAGUAAAUAUAAAAUCUAAGUAAUUUGUAGUUUUAUAGCAACAUGUGGUGUUAUUGUAUAGCUUCUCCGUUACUACUCUGACUGAAUAGGCAAUGAGGGGUGAAUCCUGAUUUAGGAAUUUAUUCUUAUCCUACACACUUCUCAGUAUAUUCAGACUUACCUUAUUGAGUCGCGUAAUGCGCUCUGCAGGUGUGGCUACCUUGCGCACUCUGAAUAAAUGUAAAACCCUCCCACUUGCUGGCCACCAUAUUUUCUAGAUGAGUUUUCAUUCAAUGGUAUUUUCAGUACAUUUAUCUUAAGCCAUCCCUUUAAAUACAGUGUAACUUAAUUUUUUUAAUUUCACCAUUAUUUUAACCAUAGGCCAGUUGAGAAAAAGUUCUCAUUUACAACUGCAACCUGGCCAAGAUAAAGCAAAGCAGUGCAACAAAAAAAACACAUGGAGUUACACAUGGGAUAAACAAACGUACAGUCAAUAACGCAAUAGAAAAAUCUGUAUACAGUGUGUGCAAAUUAAGUAAGGAGGCAAGGAAAUAAAUAGGCCAAUAGUGGCGAAGUAAUUACAAUUUAGCAUUUUACACUGGAGUGAUAUAUGUGCAGAUGAGAAUGUGCAAGUAGAAAUACUGGUGUGCAAAAGAGCAGAAAAACAAAAACAAAUAUGGGGAUGAGGUAGGUAGUUGGUUGGAUGGGCUAUUUAAGAUGGGCUAUGUACAGCUGCAGCGAUUGGUAAGCUGCUCUGACAGCUGAAGCUUAAAGUUAGUGAGGGAGAUAUAAGUCUCCAACUUCAGUGAUUUUUUCAAUUCGUUCCAGUCAUUGGCAGCAGAGAACUGUAAGGAAAGGCAGUCAAAGGAGGUGUUGGCUUUGGGGAUGACCAGUGGAAUAUAGCUGCUGGAGCGUGUGCUACAGGUGGGUGUUGCUAUGGUGACCAGUGAGCUGAGAUAAGGCGGAGCUUUACCUAGCAAAGACUUGUAGAUGACCUAGAGCCAGUGAGUUUGGCGACAAAUAUGUAGCGAGGACCAGCCAACGAGAGCAUACAGGUCGCUGUGGUGGGUAGUAUAUGUGGCUUUGGUGACAAAAAGGAUGGCACUGUGAUAGACUGCAUCCAAUUUGCUGAGUAGAGUGUUGGAGGCUAUUUUGUAAAUGACAUCGCCGAAGUCAAGGAUCGGUAGGAUAGUCAGUUUUACUAGGGUAUGUUUGGCAGCUUGAGUGAAAGAGGCUUUGUUGCGAAAUAGGAAGCCGAUUCUAGAUUUAACUUUGGAUUGGAGAUGCUUAAUGUGAGUCUGGAAGGAGACUUUACAGUCUAGCCAGACACCUAGGUAUGUAUAGUUGUCCACAUAUUCUAAGUCAGAACCCUACAGAGUAGUGAUGCUAGUCGGGCAGGCCGGUACGGGCAGCGAUCGGUUGAAGAGCAUGCAUUUCGUUUUACUAGUAUUUAAGUCCAGUUGGGAGGCCACGGAAGGAGUGUUGUAUGGCAUUGAAGCUCGUUUGGAGGUUUUUAACACAGUGUCCAAAGACAAAUAUAGUUAGAAUAUAGUCGACAGACUUAAUAGAAUACAUAGAGAGAACUUGGUCAGAAUAUAGGGAUUAAUGAAAGAAAGCCAUCUAUGCAUAUUCGUCUCUGUUUCAGCACCAACUGGUAGAUUUAAAAAUACUCUGAUCUUGUAGAUUAUUUAGGCACAUUUUUGGGGUAGGAAAGUAUAUAUAUAUUAAAAACUAAUUAUGGUUUGGAGAAGCUUUACACACAAAAUAUACUGAUGAAUAAAAAAUACAGUGGUUCGAGUCAAACUGAAAGCUGUCAUAUUCAAGUUCAAUCCAUCAAAUAUUGGAAGGUGGAAAAAAAGAGUACAAUAGAGGUUGAACAAUAAUCCUACAAAUCUACUCUAAUUCCCACUAAUCAUGGAACUGUAUGACAACAGUCCAGUCGUGUGUUCUUAGUUCCAUAAUGACUCAAAUAGGCUACAUGUCCCAACUUAUUGCACAACGUUAGCCGAAUAUAAUCCACUAAUGCUAGCAACCCUCAGGAACAAUUUACAAGGACAUGACAGAGGAAAGAAAGGUGAACGGAAUGGAAUGAAAUGAUGAAAAAAUAAAUGUAUGUGGGUAUUACUGACGUGAUACAAAUUGUAAAAUAAAACAGAGAAAAGCCUGGGCAUAUAAUCAAAACAUUCUAAAGAGCAUACAUCAACUUGGCAGGUUCAGCCCUACAGAAGCCUACAAAUUUCAUCAAUGCAAAUUAUGAGGGCACACAAUUACAAUUCUGAAUAAUGACACAGCAAUUUUUGUUUUCUAUUUCACUGUGUUAAAGGGGCGGCAAUACAUGUCAUGUUGAUAGGAUUUUCAGUUUGCUUCUAUAUGCCUGGUGUCACAUUUGUCUCCAGGGAUCAUAAGAAAAUAUGAUCUAAAACAACUGCCAUGUUUAUUUACAAUUCUCCAAACGGAAUGCUCAUUUACCUAGCUCUUAUUAAUAGCUCUUAUCAAUAUAUAAAUUACAGUGCAUGGAGAAUGUUAUUUAAAUUAGAAAAAAAGAAAGAACAUGCUUUUUCCACUUGGAACUGUCAGGCUAGCUUGACCUUAUUCAUGGUUUCCCUGGAAGUUCAAAUGACGGAAUUAUGAGGGGAAUUAAACCAAGGUCAAAAUAUGAUGUGUCUGUAGACACAACUCCACCACACCUUCAUUUAUUCCACCUCAAACGAAUAGCAGGUGAAUAUCAUGCUAUUCUCAAGCUUAAAUUCAAGGUCAUAAUAUGUAUAGAGAGAAAAGCGCAUAAAAAGGUAAUUACCUUCCAUUGACGCACACUUAACUUGGGUUGGAAUCGGGGCCUUAGUACUAAGAUUUUUGUGCAAAUCUCUCAUUGAUAAGAAUGCAUGAUUUACGCCUAAACUAAAGCUACAUCCACAUCCAUGUAUCUCAAAUUAGGAUUUGACCCAGAGAGAGCAAGUCAAAUAUUCACACUGCUUCAGCCAACAUAGGACAGUCUUCUUGUUUUAUUUUGUACCCUCCCAACAGUACCUAUAGUAUGAAUGGAUCUCUCUCUGCAUGGUUGUGUCUAGAUAUUCAGUUGAAAAUACAUUCCCAAGAGACAUCCUAUAUCCUCUAUCAGCAUGUUUGUACUGGUUGUCCUCCACACCUAGUCUGUGCUCCUGAUUGUGGUAGCAUUCUGUCACCUAAUCUGUGUGUCUGGUGGCAAGAGUCCACAUUUGUUUAUUUAAAAAAAAAAUUAACAGAGUUGUGCUAUUCACAAAGCAUGAGCAAUAUGUAUGGGAAACACUUGAGGGACCAACUACUUUCCUUUUCUGUGAGAUCGGCAGCUAACGAAAGCAUGAACAAUAUCACAUUUUUAAAGGGAGAUAUCAUAAACACUAAGCAUAUCAUUAUGUAUGACUGAUUAUUGAAAGAAUUACUGCCUGGAAAAAUAGGCCUACAUCAGGAAACACUAAGAAUUCAAAAUGUAUGUGGUUUUUCAGCGAUACAAACUACAGAGUACAUUAAGUAUUGUAUUAAGUAUUGUAUUGCAAAGUAAUGCGUUUGAAAUAAUAAAGUAUCAAGUUUGAAAAUAUGACAUAUUAUUCUGUUUAUACCUGCAUGACCACAGAGGGAUCUGCUAGAUCAAGAUGAUACUUGCUCCUACUCAGUAUAUGCUCCAUCACAGUUAUAGAGGAUAGAUUCGAGGCACGAGACACUUAUUGUUGAUAUGAUGUCCCUCCCCUGCACCAUGGUUUCUUUUUUAGUCGUCCUCGUGACAAGGUGCUAAU